GACAGACCCCGCCUCCCUCUGGCCGCGCUGGGAUUGCGUGUCUUCCCAUGCCUUGGCUGAGGCUCCUCCUCCUCUGCUGGCUGGAGAGCGUGGCGCAUGCGCGGUGAGAGAUAAAGCGGCCGGAGCCGGGGGUGUCCUCUUUCCGAGCGCGGCGGCGGCGGCGGGAGACAAAGCGGCUGAACAAAAUGAAUGGGACGGGCCCGCGCGACUCCUUCUCCCUUUAGCCGAAGCAAGGCCGAACCCAAGGCAGGGAGCAGCGCGGAGGAGUCGAGAGAUCUGGAGAUCUUCUCUGAAAUGAAGCCAGGGAUAAGAUAGUGGGCCAAAUUGGGAGAGAGGAAGGGAACAGACCAGGAUGUUCUGAGGAAAAGAAUCCCACAAAGUGCAUGCCAUCCCAAAGAAGGCCAUGUCCUAUUACCUCCACCUUCUGUAUCUCAGGAUUUCAGAGAAUGAUGGCUGCUUUCUUCAAAAGAAUCUAGCUUAUUAAUAGUGUCAUGUUUCUUUAUUCAUGAGGGGCUUCAUUGUAAGACGAUGUCAGCGGAUUGUAAUAGAAUUGAGAUGAAUAUAUGAUUUUGGGAAGAAAUUCAACAUCAGUCCUUCUUAGGCUUUUCUGGAGAAUAUGAAUCAUUUAGUACCAGCACCUAUUGGAAACAAUAUAUGACCUGGAUGUUUGAAGACCCUGGAGAGAAAAGGAACUAUGUGCAUUACACAAAGUGCUUUUUUAUAAAUUUGUGUAAUAUACAUUUUCAUCAAAUUACAAAUUCUAGAAUACAAACUUACCUUCCACCGUUAUAUUCUCCAGCAUUAGAAGAAAUAUAAUUUAAUUUCUAAAUAUUCACUGAAUUAUGAAGACACAGCAGAACUAACUCACCAAUCAUGGAUGUAAAUACGGCACAUUCUCCACAGAUUGAUGAUAAUUUUAUGAUGCAUAAAAUUAACAGUUUAAAAGUAGAACCAGAAGAUGAUAGUAAUUGUGCUUUGGAAACAAUGGAUAUAAAAACUGAGCCAGAAGAUUUAAGACAAACGGACAGUAGUGAUGAACAAGAUGAAAGAGAAAAGAAUUUCAUUCAUAGCAAUUCAAGCAAAUACAUCUCUGCAGAAAAUGAAGAUGAUUAUGGAUCUCUAUUUUCCCAAUACAGCAGCACUCUUUAUGAUGUUGCAAUGGAAGCUGUAACACAGAGUCUUCUUUCAAGCAGAAAUAUAAGCUCCCGAAAAAAAUCACCUGCCUGGAACCAUUUCUUUAUAUCUCCUAGAGACAGCACGAAAGCAAUAUGUAUGUACUGUAUGAAAGAGUUUAGCAGGGGUAAAAAUGAAAAAGAUCUAAGUACAAGUUGUCUAAUGAGGCAUGUGAGGAGAGCUCAUCCCACUGUACUCAUUCAAGAAAAUGGAAGUAUGCCAACUAUAUCUUCCUUUUCUUCACCUACAUUAUUAAUAUCACCUCAGCCUGCAGAUGUUGGAGAUUUGACCAAUGUAUUAGCCCCUUUAAAACUGGUUAAGAAAGCAAUUUCUAAGAUUCCAUCCCCAGAUCAAAUAACUGAAGAAUCUGUUCCUGUAGUUUGUGCUGAAGAAAUAACCUCAGAGCUGUUGCAUACUGAAAAGAGCAAUAAAGAGGAAGGUGAUGUUGGUUUAUCACAACACUUUCCUAACAACCAUUGUGAAGAAACUGUGGAGAAUGUAGCAGAGAAAACUGUUCAGGUACCUAAAGGUACAUCUGGCUCCAGAAGAAGAUCAGCUGUCUGGAAGCAUUUUUAUUUGUCUCCUUUAGAUAAUUCAAAAGCUGUUUGCAUCCACUGUAUGAAUGAAUUCAGCAGAGGAAAGAAUGGAAAAGAUCUUGGAACUAGUUGUCUAAUACGACACAUGUGGCGAGCUCAUCGUUCUAUUGUUCUACAAGAGAAUGGAGGUGGUUCAAGCAUACCUCCUUUAUACUCUGCUCCUCCAACAUUACUUCCACCUUUAUUGCCUUCAGAUGGUGAUCCAAAUUCUGUGUCAUCUCCUGGAAAAAUGGCUAAAGAACCAACUUCUGUUUGCUCCUCUCCAGACAGAAUGGCUGAGGAAAACAAUUCUAAUCUUCCUUUGGGUGAUACUCUCAUAGAAGACUCCUCAUUGUUAUCCUCCUCUGAAGAUAUAGGUGAAGCUUCUUUAGUUUCUUCCCCUGAAAAAAGCCCUUUGAUAUUUGAGCAUGGCUCUGUUAUUCAUCAGAAUAAACGGAUGAUGCGAAAACUCAAAUCAGAAGUAUGGCAUCAUUUUUCUUUGUCUCCAGGAGAUAGUCUAAAAGUUGUGUGCAGACAUUGCAGUUGUUUGAUCAACCGCGGAAAGAAAGGUGAUUUAGGCACGAGCUGUUUGACAAGACACUUAUAUAGACGUCACCCUGAAGUCAUUGGGAUUCAGAAGAGCUUUAUAGAUGUUAGUUUAGCAAAUUCUCCAUAUGCUACCUUGGCUUCUGCAGAAUGUUCAUCCUCAAAAUUGACUGACUUGCCCAGAGUGGUUACUAAGGAUAGUCAAGUCAUCUUUCCUAUCAGUAGCAAAAAGACCUCAAAACUGUGGAAUCAUUUUUCAAUUUGUUCUGCUGAUUCAACUAAAGUUAUAUGUAUGCACUGUGGACGUACAAUAAGUCGAGGGAAAAAGCCAACCAAUUUAGGUACCAGUUGCCUUCUAAGACAUUUACAACGGUUUCAUAGCAGUGUCUUGAAACCAGAUGCCUCAGAGCCAGUAUUGUCCUCAUCUAAAAAUAGUCAUGUACCACUCAACACAGAUCUGUUAGGAUCUUCAUCUUUUGAUGAAACCAAUGACAAAUUUUCUGACACUCACCCUGUUGCCAAAAAAAUUACAAGUCUUAUAGCUGAAAUGAUUGCACUUGACCUGCAGCCAUAUUCUUUUGUAGACAAUAUUGGCUUUAAUCGACUCCUUGAAUACUUGCAGCCUCAGUAUUCGUUGCCUUCACCAUCUUAUUUUUCUCGUACUGCAAUUCCCAAUAUGUAUGAUAACGUGAAAGAAAUUAUUGUUUCACAUCUGAAAGAAGCUGAAAGUGGAGUAGUCCAUUUUACAUCUGGAAUAUGGAUGAGCAAUCAAACCCGAGAAUACUUAACUCUUACCGCUCACUGGGUGACAUUUGAGUCUAGGAUUCGACCACAGUGUGAAGAUUACCAUUGUUCAGCUCUUUUAAACGUAUCACAAAUUGAUUGUGAUUACAGUGGUAUCAGCAUUCAAAAGCAACUAGAAUAUUGGUGGGAAGCCUGGAUAGCAUCCAUUGGGCUUCAGGUUGGGAUUACUGUUACAGAUAAUCAGACUAUAGAGAAAACAUUAAAUGAAGGGGAGCAUUCAAGUGUACAGUGCUUUAGUCACACUGUUAACCUCAUAGUUAAUGAAGCUAUUAAAAGCCAGAGAAUGGUUCAGAACUUGCUUAGUAUUGCAAGAAAGAUAUGUGAACGUGUUCAUCGGUCAGCAAAAGCAAGAGAGAAACUGGCAGAGCUGCAGAAAGAAUAUCACUUGCCACAGCAUCACCUAAUUCAAGAUGUUCCGUCAAAGUGGAGUACAUCAUUCCAUAUGCUUGAACGCCUAAUUGAACAGAAAAGAGCUAUUGAUGAAAUGUCUAUAGAAUGCAGCUUCAGGGAGUUAAUAAGCUGUGAUCAGUGGGAAGUGAUGCAGUCUGUUUGUCAUGCACUCAAACCAUUUGAAGUUGCAAGCAGGGAGAUGAGUACACACAUGUCUACUUUAAGCCAAGUUAUUCCAAUGAUUCACAUUCUCAACCGGAAAAUUGAACUACUGUUCGAAGAAACAAUGGGCAUAGACACCAUGCUGAAGUCCUUAAAGGAAGCUAUGGUAAGUAGGCUUUCCUCUACUCUUCAUGAUCCAAGAUAUAUUUUUGCUACACUUUUGGACCCUCGUUACAAGGCCUCCUUAUUCACUGAAGAGGAGGCAGAACAAUAUAAACAGGACUUAAUCAGGGAGCUAGAAAUCUUAAAUGCUACCUCAGAUGAUGACAGACCUGUUUCGAAUGGCUGUGGUAUAGGGUCACCAUCUAAAAACUCUUACGGGGGCAGUAAUCUUUGGUCACUUAUGGAAGAUAUGAAAAAGACAAAAGUUGCAAAAGAAAAGGCCAAGUUGCCAGAAGAAAUGGUGCUUUCAUACUUGGAAGAGGAAGUGCUUGAGCAUAACUGUGAUCCCCUAACUUACUGGAACUUUAAAAAAUCAUCUUGGCCAGUACUGUCCAAGCUGGCCGUUCGAUUUCUAGGUUGUCCACCGAGCAUUGUUCCAUCAGAUAGAUUGUUUAGUACAUCCAAUGAAAACAUCAGCUUCAGUCAGUCAAGGCUAGCAAUGGAACACUUUGAAAAACUCAUAUUUUUGAAAGUAAACCUUCCUUUGAUAUACUUCCAGUAUUGAAACUAGUGAACAAGCUGCCAGUCUAAAAUUGUUGUUGCUCACUGGAUAUUUAACUGUAUUUGUGACUUGGAUUGUGAAAUUGCUCCGGUAGGGGCCAUGUAUGACAUCUAAUCAGUGACUCUAGUUCCAAAUUUAGUUUUAUUUUUCAGCUUUCAGUGUGUCUACAUGUGCCUUAUUAAUAGUCCUUCAGGCCAGAUAAUGUAUAUACCUGUGUUUUUUUUAAAGUUCACAUUUGAGUUAGACUUGUGUUUGUUUGAAUGAUAAAAAAAAUUAUGUAGCUUUUCUUUCAGAAGUGUAAAUGAAGUUUUAAAACAAGUGGAAUAGAAUGGUAAAGAAGAGAUGUAAACAAUUCUAUUAUGUAGUUUUUUAUUCAAUUAUGUAAAAAUCAUAAAACAGGUACUGUAUAUUAGCUGAACAUUGCUUUAAUUGCAAGAACCAUUUUGUAGCUGUCAGAAGAAAGCUGUAAAUAAAGGUGGAAGUGAAGCCAUCUUUCUACUAGCAGGUUUUAACUGCAGACCUAACUUACAUAAAGGGUAAUGUAAUAUUCAAGUAUGACGUAUGUACUAUGGGUGGGUAUUAAAUUAGUAUUGACUGAACUAAACUUAGUGGUAUUAUGGAAUAUCAGUUAUACAGUAACCUAUAAUCUUGCCAUUCAGUGGUUCCUAUUCAGGUUUUUUACACUGUAACUGAAUUAGAGCUUGAGUAUUUAUAAGGUCUUUGGGAUGUUUAUUUUCAAAAAUUUCCAAUUAAUAUUUGUUAUUUAAUGCAGUGUAUUGAAAGGUAAAAUAUAAUGUAUUGGUAAGCAUCAGGCUAAAGCCUUUUAAGAUUGAGUGCGUAAAAACAUCCAAUAUUCCUUGGUGUAAAAAUUAAGUCCUGGUUUCCUAUAUAAUAGAAAACAGUGUAUGGCAUCAUCUUUCAUUCCUGUUACAAGAAGCUGAUUCUCAGUUUAUAUUCCUUUUAGAUUGGUGCCCUACUAGAAUGUUUAUAUAGUAGAAUUGACCCUUAAUUGACAGUGUUCAUCUGGUCAAUAAGAUAACGUAGAACCCUUUUAAAUCUCAAACCGAGAUAAUAGCCAGCAUUUUAAUUGUAAACUGUAUGCUCUCCACAUUUUAAAAAAAGAUAUUAAGAGAUUCAUUUUCCAUUUUUUUGUGUAUUGUUGAGAUUCUUUGGGGGAAAUGAACUGACUGUGACUUUUAGGGAAGAUGUAGUUUUGUUAAAAUACUGUACCUCUGCCUAAUUUUUGCAUUUACUAUGUUUUAGUGUAUUUAUAAAUGGUGAACUCAAGUUUUCUGAAAUUAAACAUCUUAUUUGCAAUUUUUA